AUGACAUCCUCAGUAUUCUACAAGUUCAAGUCGCAGAAGGAGCCGACACGGAUCGAGUUUGACGGCACCGGCAUCUCAGUCUUUGAGCUCAAGCGCGACAUCAUAAUCAAGAGUGGCCUUGGCAACGGGACUGACUUCGACCUCGCUAUAUACACGGAAGACAACUCGGAAGAAUAUGACGAUGACACAACCGUCAUCCCGCGAUCGACAACAGUCAUCGCGCGGAGGCUACCGCCGAUCAAGCCUGGCGCUGGCCGAGCUGCGCGCUAUGUGACGGGCAAGAUGCCGGCAAGUGCAAAGAAUUCGGCCCGAAAAGAAGCCACCGCGAAACCAGUCAAGCCUGCCACAACCGGGUUGUCGCAGAUGAGCGCCGCCAUGACGGAAGAGGAGAAAAUGAUGGCCAUGUUCCAGGCCCAGUCCGAUCAGUGGAAUGCCCAGCAAGAAGAGAUGUCCCAUCAACAAGCAGUCUACAAACCCGGUGCGAAAAAGCCCGCCAACGUACCAGACCACGAGCCGCCCAACGGAUACAUCUGCUACCGCUGCGGGCAGAAGGGUCACUGGAUCCAAGUAUGCCCAACGAACGACAACCCUGAGUAUGACAAUAGGCCAAGAGUCAAACGUACCACGGGUAUUCCGCGGUCUUUUCUGAAAACAGUAGACAAGGCCGCGCUUCAGCAGACUGGUGCCGAUGGUGAGGAGAUCAAACCUCCAUCAGGAGUCAUGGUCAAUGCGGAUGGAGACUUUGUGAUAGCAGAGCCUGACAAGGCGUCAUGGGAGCAGUUCCAGGCCAAGACCAAGUCGUCAGCCGCGGCCGCCAAGGCGGCGACAGAAGGGGACAAGGAACUCGAGGAAAGGGGCCUGCUGUGCUCCAUCGACAAGAGGAUGUUUGUAGACCCAAUGAAGACACCCUGCUGUGGAAAGACGUACUGCAGCGAGUGCAUUACCAAUGCGCUUACGUAUAGCGAUCUCGUCUGCCCAGCAUGCCAGACUGACGGUGUGCUCUUUGACGACCUUAAGCCGGACGAUGAGGCUGUCACCAAAAUCAAGGAGUAUCUGGCGGAGAAGGAGGCCGCUAAAACAAAGGAGCGGUCGAAGAGUCCUGCGGAGGCGGUGGCACCCAAGUCGCCCGCUGCUGAUGCUGUCGACGACAAGUCGGCGACUGACAGCGAGGUUAAGAAGGAAGACUCUUCCGCGGUAACUGCGGCUGAAGAAUCUACACAAGCUACAACAAAAUCCGAGCCUGACGCCACACCAUCACUAAACGCCAUCAAGUCACCGUCACCAGAAGCCGUUCGCAAGGGCUCAGUAGCAUCGACUACAACGACAGCAACCAAGACACAGGGUGAAAGGGAAGGGUCUGCCUCCACAUCCCAAAACGGCGAGCAGCAGUCCAAGAAGCGUCCUGCCGAGGAUGUCCUCGAGAACCCCAAGAUCCCCAAGGGACCCAAGGCCAUGCAACAACAGCAACAAAACCAGAUGCCGAGCAUGCCAGGAAUGCCCGGGAUGAUGCCAGGUAUGCCAGGUAUGCCGGGAAUGCCCAACAUGAUGUUCCCCAUGGGCGGCAUGAAUGGCUUCGGCCCCGGCGGUAUGCCCGGCAUGAUGGGAAUGAACGGGAUGGACAUGUCGAUGAUGAUGGGCAUGAAUGGCCCUGGGGGCGGCAUGGGAGGGAUGAACCCCAUGAUGAUGAACGGCAUGUUCAAUAAUCAGGGCGGGAACGGCGGAUUCCAGAAUGGAAUGAUGAACGGAGGUGGGCGCGGCGGCUACAACAACUUUGGAGGUGGCGGCAUGAACGGCAUGAGGGGUGGUUACAAUAACAACAACAACAACCACCACCACCAGAACGGCGGAUUUUACAACCAGCAGUACAACAAUGGCGCGGGAUACGGCAUGAACAACAAUUUUGGCAACCAGGCCGGUGGCGUUGGCGACGACGGCGCAUACUUCCGGCAACCUGUCAACCCUGGGCGGCACCAGAGCCGGCAGCGGAGGGUGCGGCCGAGCGAUUACAAGCAGUUAUGA